CUUCACACUGCCUUGCCGAGAUUUGGAGGCGGAGUCCGGCUUGUAGCAACGUGCGCAAAAAGGUGCAGACGCUGGGACGUGCGAAAGGCUCUCUAAUUCACCCUCUCCCCGAGUGGCCUGCAGGGAACGGACGAGGGACUUGCCGUCCAGUUCCGAAGGCCAGCGAAAGCCGCGGCCAUUUAUAGCCCUCCUGCCCGUCUAGGAACUAUGUAAGCGCGAAAACCUGGGCCGUCGCAGAAAAUAACGCCCCUCUGUGCAGAACAAAACGGACCGUUCACCUAGAUUGGUGUUUAAGAAGAUAAAGGACGUGAGGAAGAAAAGGAACGAGCGCGAGAAGGGAGCGCGCGCGCCCGUCGCCAACCUUUCUCUUCGGCAUGGCGGAACAAGCUGCGAUGGCGAACGUCUACACUCGGCUUUUCUUGCGAUUUGCUUUUCUCUAGCGUCGGGAGGAGCGGCGUUGAUUCCUACGUCACACUCCGACCUACAGGGCAUCUGACUCCUAAUACACACGGACUAGACUGUCCGCUUGCCCCUGUUACACCCAGCUUCCCUCCCGCAGCCAUCCCAGCAGCACCGCAGCAGGAUCUAGCUGGACUGAAAGGCGGGGACAGAAGCGCGAGCGCGGUCCGGCGCCGCCCCCUAUGACUAGUCGCGCUCAUUUGUGUUGGGCAGCCCCGCUCGCGGGACCACUUAAACCAUUCCUCGGCCCAGUUGAAAGGGCGGGCCUUAAAGAGGCCUGAUCCUCCCAAGUUGCGUCACAACAGAAGUGAAGCAGGCAAGCUAGUUAGCCUGAAAACACCGGGAGAGAGAGUUUGGUAGCGCUUCUUCGUCUUUCUUCCCUCCCCCGCCUUCAGAUAUGCACGAGCUGCACGUGGAAACGGAGCAUCGGGCGGACGGCGGCGCGUGGUUCCUCGUGUUGAGCUCGGUGUUCUUGUGCAACCUCCUCAAAAUCCUCCUGCCCUCCUGUUCUUCCAUUAUAUCUAGGUUACUACAAAAGGAUGCUGAGCAUGAAUCACUGAUGAGAUCUGAAAUUCAGAACAUGAAGCAAGAACUUUCUACCAUUAGUAUGAUGGAUGAAUUUGCCAGAUAUGCCAGACUAGAAAGGAAAAUUAACAAAAUGACUGACAAGCUUAAAACUCACGUGAAAACACGAACAGCUCAACUAGCUAAAAUAAAAUGGAUAAUAAAUAUUGUGUUCUACAUUUUGCAAGCUGUUUUAAUGAUUUCACUGAUUUGGAAAUACUACUCUGAACCAGUUACAGUGCUCCCAAGCAAAUGGCUAGCCCCUUUAGAACGCUUAGUAGCUUUCCCAACAGGAGUUGCAGGUGGUGUUGGCAUUACAUGUUGGUUGGUAGUUUGCAACAAAGUUGUGGCCAUUAUGCUUCACCCUUUCAGCUGAGAAAGAAUUCCAGUUUCAGCGGUUCUGAACUCUCCUGUCUAUUGUCACAAUGUUAAAAAAAGAGUUCGAUAACUUAUAAAAGGCAGUAUCUGGGGAAAGGGCCAAGUAAUAAAGCAUAACUAAAUUAUCUUUUUGUAAAGUUUUAUUAAUAUUUAUGUACAUAUUGUACUAUCUCACGUAAUUCAGUUUGUUGACUUCAGUGCUGAACCUAUUUAAACAUGUUUAUGUUCUAUUAAAAUCAGUAAUUUAAUGCA